AGGUGAUGCGUUGGAUAUUCCCCGAGAAGAAACGAGUGUAGAGGAGCUUCAAGAGUUACCGGAUAGAUACGAGGGUAAAGUAACGGCUUCUCUUUACACUAGUACUCUCUUCAUAGCUGCAGCGGCUUCACUCAUCGCACUCAUCACCUUGUGUGUAUUGCACUCAAACAAUCUAAGCGCUGUGGUGUUCCAAAUAUCAAUUAUAACGAUAAUGGUAGUGUCGUCAAUAAGCUUCUUAGUGGUCCUGCAGUUCCCCAUAAUUCUGACCUCAGGACGAGCGCGUUUUAUCAUCGGAUUGUCAGCCUCUUUGGUCCUUGGAGUUGCUGUGUCAGCUCUCGGCGGUGCAUUACCGCUCUUCAUCACUGUCCUGACAAUAAUAGCAAUCUUGCCACGUAUCAACAACAAUUACUACCCAAGCAUCAUCGCGUUUCUUCUCGCCGGGUCCCACAUUACACAGGGGAUAAUUUCCUGCACCGUCGACCAGCCCGCUCACGCUUGCUACCAGGUUGUCGCGGAUGGUGUUCUACUGCUUUCCGCUUGUCUGGCUGGAAUUUAUUACAGAAUUUUGACCGCGCAAGCUCACAGGCAAACAUUUUCAGGGACUAAAACUGUAAUUGAGUCAAGGAUUAAGCUUGAAUGUGAAAGAGAACAACAGGAACAAUUAUUAUUAAGUGUAAUUCCUGCUUAUAUUGCUGCGGAGGUGAAGCGCAGCAUUAUGCUGAAGAUGGCUGAUGCGUGCCAGGAAGUCAGUAAGCACAAGCCGACACGUUUUCACGAAAUGCAUGUUCAACGCUUCAACAAUGUCAGCAUACUGUACGCAGACAUCGUUAACUUCACUCCACUUUCGGAGCAAUUAUCAGCGUCGGAUCUUGUAAAAACUUUGAACGAACUCUUUGGAAGAUUUGAUCAAAUAGCUCAGGCAAAUCAGUGUAUGAGGAUCAAGAUUUUAGGUGAUUGCUACUACUGUGUUUCUGGUCUACCAAUUUCUAGGCCAAAUCACGCCAUUAGUUGUGUCAACAUGGGGCUGCAAAUGAUUGAAGCCAUUAGAUUUGUACGAGAAGCUACGGGAUUCAACGUUGAUAUGAGAAUAGGAAUUCAUACCGGAAACGUUUUAUGCGGCGUCCUUGGACUAAGGAAAUGGCAGUUUGACGUUUGGAGUGACGAUGUCACUCUUGCAAAUCAUAUGGAAAGUGGAGGAUUACCUGGACGAGUCCAUGUAACAAAAGCAACACUAGACCAAUUAGAAAACCGUUUUGAAGUAGAACCAGGAAGUGGAGAAUCACGGGAUAGUUAUCUAGCGGAUCAUAAAAUAGAAACUUUUUUAAUAAUCCCUCUGAAGAAAAAAACCGAAGAAAGCGAGCUGGAAAAUGGAAAGCUAUCGGGAGUUAAAUCUGCUCCCUCUCGGUCUCGACCCGGCAGCAAAAUGACUAAAUAUGUCGAGUGUUGGGGUGCUGAUAAACCUUUUGCAAACAUUGCUGAAUCUACACUUGCAAAAAAUAUCGGCUUAACUAGUAUCGCGAUGAUCGAAUCAAAUUUUUUAACUAAUGACUCUAAUUGUUGCAAUAUGAAACAAUGCUGGGGAAAUAAUGAAGGAAUGUCAUCAACAACUUACUGGUUUAGAGACAAAAGUCAAGAGACACAGUACCGAGAUCAAAGGGAUGAUCAAUAUCCUUGGUAUGUCAUCGCGUCUAAUGUUUUGUAUCUCACCAUGUUUUGCAUUCAAAUAAUUUAUUCACCGAGGAGCAUAACAAUAUACGGGUGUUUCGGAGCAGGACUUAUCUCGCUGACGAUGUUCUCUGGGAUUUCAUGGUACGCUGAUAAAACCAGCGACAGCUCCAAUGAUCACGAUCACCCGACUGUUUUGAGCCGAGGGAUUAGAAUCACGGUUUAUCUCAUCACGGCAGUUCUUGCGAUCGCUUCGGCUCUUAUUUCUCUCAUUGAUUUUAAUCCUGACAGCAAUAUCGCGCCUAACAGUGCUUAUGUACAUUCAGUAGCAAUUGCAUUAAUAAUCGGAUGGGUGCAUCUGAGAGUAGGCUUCCUAUUAAAAUUUUUCGUGAUGCUUGUGUCGAUAAUCACCGUCCUGAUCGUAUUUUUUCAAGCUCAAAUAAUUGGUUCUUACCAGCAGUCCGAGCAAGAGUUCAAUCGAGUUCCGUACUUGAUCCAGAUCGGGUUCCUGCUGCUCUUGAUAGCUUCAAUUCUGCACGUACUGGACCGACAGUUGGAGUUUACCACGCGUACGGACUUUCAAUGUAAGUAUAAAUUGAAAGUCGAGCAAGACGAAGUGGAAACCAUGAGAGGAAUCAACAAGAUCCUGCUGGAGAACAUCUUACCAGCUCACGUCGCUCAUCACUUUCUCUCCAUCAGCGACGCCCAGGAACUUUACCACGAGAGGUACAACAGCAUCGCGGUGAUGUUCGCGUCUAUUCCUAAUUAUAAAGAAUUUUAUGACGAAACUGAUAUUAACAAGCAAGGUCUGGAGUGCCUCAGGCUGCUCAAUGAAAUCAUUUGCGACUUUGAUAAGUUAUUGCUCAAGCCUAAGUUUUCUUGUAUUGAAAAGAUUAAGACUAUUGGCACUGGUGUAGUAGGCGCUCAAAAACCUCAGUACGACAUAUGGGGCAACACGGUCAACGUAGCUUCAAGGAUGGACAGUUGUGGCGAAAUCGGGCGUCUGCAAGUAACCGAAGAUUCCGCGAAGAUAUUAAGAAACGCCUGUUAUGAAUUAAUUUGUCGCGGGCCUACUUACGUCAAGGGCAAGGGUACGCUCACGACGUACUUCGUCAAGACUCCCUUCGACGGCCGUGAAGACAAUUAUUAA